UACGAGUCGGGAAGUUGGCUUCUGUAAAGACGUCUUGACUCUUAUUUAAUAUGAAAAAGCAGAAGAUUUGAAUACAAAAAAAAUGGUCUUAUUAGCUACUUAGCUAGCUACUCUUUAUUAUAGUUCCUUAAAAACAACAAGCAUCAACAACGUUUUCCUCCAACCAAAUCGACAUCAGGACAGGAUGUCAACAUUUAGCUUCAGGAGAAGUGGAAAGAAAGCCUUUAGGCACAUAGCUCACGGCUUGAUCCCUGCAGCCACCAUCGCCCCCCGGCCUGCUGUACCCCGUACCCCUCCCCCUCGCAGCCCGUACCCCUCUCCAGAAAGACCCAGGUCUGCCUUGGCAGCCGCCAUCUUGUCGUCAUCGUUGACCGGCCGGACCAUCGCACUCCCUCCUGCACGCCCCAGAUCCUUCUCCGAGAGUGACUGCUCACGCUCAGAGACACACACCACGUUCGAGCCUUACGCCAGCACGGCGCUCUACACUAGAGACGGAGAGCCAGAAUCUUUGGCCGGCCGGCCUCGCUUGCCCUCUCCUGGGCUCUCUGAAGACCAUGAUGAUGAUGAAGAGGAGGAGGAGGACUUAGAGAGAUCUGUUCUGUCAGAUGAAGAUGGUCAUGUCUACCAGUCUCUGGAUCGCCGGGGGAGAAGUCCGACCAGAGACGGAUAUGACAUCUACGCCCGGCCUGUAAAACAGAGUGAUGUUCUGUCAGAGGGCAGAGAGGAGACUGAUGACUCUGCCUUCGACAUAGUGUCCCCUCUACCCCCAGAGGAAGCUGAGGUUCAACAGAUGUUUCCAACACCAGUUCAGAAGGCCACACCGUCCAAACUGGAGCAGAGGCCUUCAUCUUGGUCUCGUAGAAGCAUGCCUUCCCCAGAUUUGACAGAAGACAGCUUCCGUGCAUCUAAGAACAGGUCUUCAGCCCAGAAGAACAAGAGUUCAGGAAGCAGGAGAGAUGGACCAUCAGAGGCCAGCAGUGCCUACAGAGAGGUUCUGGACAUGCAGAAGGAGAUGGUUCGGUCUUUAACAGAGCAGAACCAGGCCCUGGGGGCAGACAGGAGGGUGCUGGAGCAGAGGUGUACAGAACAGAGCCUGCAGCUGCAGAGGAGCCACCAGAGGGUCCAGAGUCUGGAGCGGGAACUCAGCAAGGCCCCUGUCCCUACAGCAGGUGAACAGGCAGAGCUGCUGAGUCUGAGGCAGCAAGCCCAGGAGGUGGUCGACGAGAACGACAGCCUGAAGAUGACCGUCCAUCGCCUCAACGUGGAGCUCAGCCGCUACCAGACACGCUUCAGACCCCUGAGCAAAGAAGAGAGCUCCAGGACCCAUGGCCUGCCACUUAAAGGAUCUGCUCCUCCCUGGCUGCUGGACAUGAAAUAUUUAUCUCCAUUGUUGUUGUCUUAUGAAGACCGGCUCACUGAGAAAGAUGCUCUCCUGCAGACCUCGGAGGAGGAGUUGAGAAGAUUCCGGGGCCGUGUGGAGGAGGUGGUGCAGGAGAACCAGAAGCUACACCAGGACCUGAAACAGACAGGAGGAGUCAGCCACAAGGAGUGGAGGCAGCUCCAGGAGCAGGCCCGUCUGGUACUUCAGGAGAACCAGGUCCUGAUAGAGCAGCUGGAGGUGCAGCAUACGAAGGCUAAGGACAGUCAUGGGAGACAUUUGACUGAGGUCUCUAAGGUGUGUAAGCAGCUGAUGUUGCUGGAGGCAGAGAAGCAGAGGCUGGAGGGGGAGCUGGAGGUAACGAGGAGAGAGCUCCACACUCUGCAGACCGAACACCUGCAGGCACGGUGCAGUCUGGAGAAUGCAGUCAGCUGGGACGAACACCACGCCAUCGCCACCAAACUCAAACGCCAACUGGAGGCUGACUCAGGCCGUCAGCAGACUGAGCUAGAGGAGCUGCAGCAGAGAGUGACUAGUCUACAGACAGAGAAGAACAGUCUGCUGUUGGACAAAACCAACCUGACUGCUGACAUCAAGAGUCUGGAGGCUGACCUGGAGGUGUCCCGACAUGCUAACAGGAAGGCCCAGAGGCGUAUAGGCCUGUUGAAGCAGCAAGUUGAUGACUCUAUAGAGAAGGAGAUGAGAGCUCAUCACUACCUGUCCUCUAUCGUAGCUCUGGCUGAGAAGACCACACAGGAGAGAGACCAGCUAGUAUACAUGGCCUCGUCCCUAGAGCACGACAAGCAGGGGGUGAUCAGCAGGAUUGUGGAGGACACCGUGCGGCUCGGAAAGCUUCAAGAGAAGGUCAAGGUGUACAAGAAGCAGGCAGCCUGCAGCCUGGUUCUGGGCCAGAGGCUGGUGGAGCAGGAGGAGGACUUUGCAGGGAGGGCAGCCUCCUACCAGACAGAAAUACAGCACCUCCAGAGGCUUCUACGAGACAAACAGCACGACCUGGACGGAGUGCUGCAGCAGAAAAGGUACCAGCCAGGGAAACAGGCAGACAGUCACAGAACCAGGCAGCCAGCCAGGCAGCUACUCAGCCAGGGAAACAGGCAGACAGUCAGAGAACCAGGCAGCCAGCCAGGCAGCUACUCAGCCAGGGAAACGAGGCAGCUCCAGGAGCAGGCCCGUCUGGUACUUCAGGAGAACCAGGUCCUGAUAGAGCAGCUGGAGGUGCAGCAUACGAAGGCUAAGGACAGGAGAGAGCUCCACACUCUGCAGACCGAACACCUGCAGGCACGGUGCAGUCUGGAGAAUGCAGUCAGCUGGGACGAACACCACGCCAUCGCCACCAAACUCAAACGCCAACUGGAGGCUGACUCAGGCCGUCAGCAGACUGAGCUAGAGGAGCUGCAGCAGAGAGUGACUAGUCUACAGACAGAGAAGAACAGUCUGCUGUUGGACAAAACCAACCUGACUGCUGACAUCAAGAGUCUGGAGGCUGACCUGGAGGUGUCCCGACAUGCUAACAGGAAGGCCCAGAGGCGUAUAGGCCUGUUGAAGCAGCAAGUUGAUGACUCUAUAGAGAAGGAGAUGAGAGCUCAUCACUACCUGUCCUCUAUCGUAGCUCUGGCUGAGAAGACCACACAGGAGAGAGACCAGCUAGUAUACAUGGCCUCGUCCCUAGAGCACGACAAGCAGGGGGUGAUCAGCAGGAUUGUGGAGGACACCGUGCGGCUCGGAAAGCUUCAAGAGAAGGUCAAGGUGUACAAGAAGCAGGCAGCCUGCAGCCUGGGGGUUCUGGGCCAGAGGCUGGUGGAGCAGGAGGAGGACUUUGCAGGGAGGGCAGCCUCCUACCAGACAGAAAUACAGCACCUCCAGAGGCUUCUACGAGACAAACAGCACGACCUGGACGGAGUGCUGCAGCAGAAAAGAGAGGUGGAAGGUGAGUUGGAGGUGGUGUGGGUGGCAGCGACCAGAGAGAACCAAAGAAUUAGGGAGACCCUCCAGGACUCCAGCCCAUCUCUCCCCUCCCUCAGCCCAGCCAGAGUGCACCAUGGCAGGGGUCUGAGCGAUGGACCCUCCCCCAGCUGGCUCUCCCACCCCCAGGAUGAGGUGUUCUACCCCCGUCCGCACCCUGACAGCUCUGGCCCUCCUCCCUGCAUCUCCUCUCCCCAGAGCGGCGGCCGGCCCGGCCUCCACCACAGCCCUAUGUUCGAGUCUGACUCGGACCAGCACCAGAACCCCUCCUCAGAUGAGAGCGAGAAGAACGGCAUGGACUUCUAUUCUUAGUGUCCUUUUUUGUAUUGGUCUUAGGGAAGACAAGUAGCCUGGUCCCAUAUCUGUUUUAAUAGCCUGGUCCCAGAUCUGUUUAGUAGCCUGGUCCCAUAUCUGUUUUAAUAGCCUGGUCCCAGAUCUGUUUAGUAGCCU